UCCCCAGCAAGGAGGUGGGAUUUUAGCUACCGUCCAUCUUCAGCUACAUUACAGUGAGCGAGCUUGUCGAAAAGAAAACACAAUUUGGAAGUAAAGAAGACUUUCUGGAAUUAGUUUUGGCUCUAUUUGAAAAAAGACAAACGAAAUCCCAUACCCUAGAUAACUUCGUGACAGACGGAAUGUGGACAUUGUCGUAGUCAGAGCCAUGGCUGACAAGAGAAAACUUCAAGGUGAAAUCGAUAGAUGUUUGAAAAAAGUAGCUGAAGGUGUAGAACAGUUUGAAGAUAUCUGGCAGAAGCUCCACAAUGCAGCCAAUGCAAAUCAGAAGGAAAAAUAUGAGGCUGACCUCAAGAAAGAGAUUAAAAAACUUCAGCGAUUGAGAGAUCAAAUAAAAACAUGGGUGGCCUCAAACGAGAUCAAGGACAAAAGGCAGCUAGUUGAGAACCGCAAACUUAUAGAAACGCAAAUGGAGCGGUUCAAGGUGGUGGAACGUGAAACAAAAACAAAAGCCUACUCUAAAGAAGGCUUGGGGCUUGCUCAGAAAGUGGAUCCAGCUCAGAGGGAAAAGGAGGAAACGGGACAGUGGCUAACAAAUACAAUAGACACUCUAAAUAUGCAGGUGGAUCAGUUUGAAAGUGAAGUGGAAUCUCUUUCAGUUCAAACAAGAAAGAAGAAGGGUGAUAAAGAGAAGCAAGAUCGUAUUGAUGAGCUCAAGCGGUUGAUUGAGAGACAUCGAUUCCACAUUCGAAUGUUGGAGACCAUUUUACGAAUGCUGGACAAUGACUCCGUGCCAGUGGAUGCAAUCCAAAAGAUCAAGGAUGAUGUUGAAUAUUACAUUGACUCCUCUCAAGAUCCAGACUUUGAGGAAAAUGAGUUCCUGUACGAUGACUUAGAUCUGGAAGACAUCCCUGCAGCAUUAGUUGCAACUUCGCCAUCGGGCCAGGGCAACGUGGAAGAUGAGGUGUAUCUCCACUCUAGUAGCACUCCCACUUCCACCACCUCUUCUUCACCCAUCCCUCCAUCCCCAGCCACUUGCACUGCUGAGAAUUCAGAGGACGAUAAGAAAAGGGGACGGUCGACAGACAGUGAAGUUAGUCAGUCACCUGUGAAGAACGGCACCCCAUCCUUGUUAUCCUCUUUCUCUUCUUCCACCACCUCUGGGUCCUCCUCAUCCUCCUCCCUUGUGUCCAUGGCGAGUGUUGUCGGAGGGAUUCCUGCAGUGCCCACUAGCAGCAGUCUUAUAGGAAGCUUCAGCAGUGCGGUGCAGCAACAUCAGCAUCAACCUGCACAACAGCAGCAGCAGAAUUCUCAGCCGCCAAACCAGUCGCAGCAGCAGCAGCCACCUCAGACGAAACCCUCAGUCCCUUCAAACAACACCCCCAGCCCACCCAGCAACCCACUUCUCCCAACGUCUACUGCCCCCUCUCUUCCUACACCCAACACAUCCACUUCAUCAGCUCCCAAUCCUCAGUCACAGUCCACAUCUGGACCCACAUCGGCAUCCAGUUUGGGACUUGGGCUGGGCCUGGGAUUGAGCAAAGUUGGCAUGACUGGGACAAGCAGUGCCAAUCAAAUGCCAGGGCUAGGGAUGGGUGGCCACCCCACUCCUUUAAACACAAUGGCAGGGCUCAUUUCAGGUUCAACACCUGCCCCUUAUGCUCAGGCAGCAGCAUCCGGAGGCUUGGGUUUGAGCAGCACCACUCAGUCAAGCAUUUCAGCAGAGAGCAGCACUUCCAUACCCACCUCUGGCUCCAGUGGAGUCACCACCAACGGGGCAGGAACAGGGCUUGGUUUGCUGGGUUCCAGUCCAGCCCACAACUCUCUGAGUGGGAAUAUUUUGAGUCUGGUUCCUGGGCAAAGUGUGGCCCCUGGUACCUCUCAGGUUCCCCCAAGUUCUGUCAGCUCUACUCCAGGAGUAGUUGGCAUGAUGGGAGGCAACGGAGGAAACGUUGGUGUGGUUGGAGGAGUAGGAGUGAAUUCUGCUCCUGCUAGACCACCAAGUGGACUGAAGCAAAAUGGAAGCACAAGUUACAGUGCUGUGGUGGCGGAGAGUUCCACAGAAUCGGCUCUAAGCACACCGAACCAGUCACAAAGCAGCCAACCCUCAUCUCUCAGUUCCUCAACCAGUCAGCCGAUGGACAAUGGUCCCAGUUUAAUCAGCUCCAUCACCCUGCCUCCCAGUUCUCCGUCCCCCUCGUUCUCAGACAGCACACCGGGUGGAGGGAGUCUUCUCAACGGGCCCCACUCCUUUUCACAGGCCUCUGAGGGGCUAAAGGCACCUGAGCCUCUCAGCUCUCUGAAGGCGAUGGCGGAGAGAGCAGCGCUGGGAUCAGGCCUGGAUGGCGAGAUUUCCAACCUGCAUAUAACGGAUAGAGGUCGAAACGAUAUCUUCUCUGGUUCAUCUGCAGCACCUGGCACACCUGCCGCGCCUCAGCCGUCCGUGACAGAGGUCAACAUCCCCCCAUCGCUCGGUGUUUGUCCGCUGGGUCCAACCCCUCUCCCCAAAGACCAGCUCUACCAGCAGGCGAUGCAGGAGUCGGCAUGGACGCACAUGCCCCACCCCUCUGACUCUGAGAGGAUCAGGCAAUACCUGAUGAGGAAUCCAUGUCCCACCUUGCCCUUCCAUCAUCAGGUCCCACCUCAUCACUCUGACUCCAUAGAGUUCUACCAGAGACUGUCCACAGAAACUCUCUUCUUCAUCUUCUAUUACCUGGAGGGUACCAAGGCUCAGUAUCUGUCUGCAAAGGCUCUGAAGAAACAGUCCUGGAGGUUUCACACCAAGUACAUGAUGUGGUUCCAGAGGCACGAGGAGCCCAAGACCAUCACCGAUGAGUUUGAACAGGGCACUUACAUUUACUUUGACUACGAGAAAUGGGGCCAGAGAAAGAAGGAGGGGUUCACCUUCGAGUACAGGUACCUGGAAGACAGAGACCUGCAGUGACGGAGGGACACAAAAGGACAGAAAAGACAAAAUGUGCUGCUGUUGACAUUCCGAGACUGAACUCCAAACUGUGGAUAGAGAUUGUGAUGUGUAGUAGAAACCCUCUCCUGAGAUUGGAGACUGGUGUCUGUAUAGGCUGCAUCUCAAAUGUGAAGCCCUUGCUCCUCAUGUAGUGCUUUGCUUUUGACCAAAGAAAAUGCCCCGUGGGUCUGAUCAAAUGCAUCGCGCUGCACAAGCUGGGAGGGUUCUCGUUGGAGAUCUGCGUUUGUGCCUGUCUGUGUGCACACUCAGUAUGUGGCAUUAGGAAAGCCUACCCCAUGCAUGUUUCUCAUGUUUAGUUGUCUUUUUUUUUUCCCGUUUCAACACGAUUCUCUGUACCACCUACCCGACAUCAGCCUGGAAGCCUUUUGACUUGACACAAAACAGACUUUUGGAUUUGAUUAAGUAAACUGCCCAUCUCGUAUUUACUGUAAUUUGGUGGUUUAGAAUGGGGACGUACAGUGGACAUUUAGUCAUGGUGUGUAGGAAUGGCUUCUUUUAAGAUCCUACAAUGCCUGUUAAAUAUGGUCACUAUUGAAGAUAGUGAGCGGUUAUCAAUAGUUUUAUUGAUAUUGUCUUGGUCGAUUUAAAACGCUGAUUGAGAGUGACCACAGGGCCUCUCCCUGUGACAGGGAAAGAGUCCUUAUUGGACAUGGAUUAAAUUGCUAUGCAAUUGAACUGGUCUCUGACUCCCUCUCUUUACAAAUAAAAUGUUUUUAAGUUAACGUGUCAAGGAAAAUGCAUUAUUAUUGCGCCUUCAUGUUUGUGACAAAUUAAUAAACUUGUAAACAACUCUUAAAGAUAGGAUUUGAGACAUUAAUCUACUUGAUGUUUAAUUUUCCCUCAGUGUGACAAGGCCAUGUUGAGCAGAGGGAAAUGUACCUACACCCAGGUCACCUCAUUUCCUCAAAAGUACACACAGCAUUAGAUAAUAAAUCUGGGUUUGGUUGGGUCAACUUCCCAGCUUUAGCCAAGGUUUUAUUCUGUUGUUACUUUAUCCCAGACUUCACCGAGUUCAGUUUACCACCUGAUAUUUCAGUGAAAGCCCUAUACAGUGAAUGUGCACUGACUAAACUGUUUACAUGUAGAGUUGAAACAGAAAUCCUAAAAUUCAGGUGGUAAAUUUAACUCGUGGGUUGAGUAGAAAGUGUCUCGUCUGCCGUGGUUGUUCCAUUGUGUUAGCCCGAAGAACAGUAAGAUUUAAUCUGGGAUGGGACGCAUCCUACCUUUUCCUGGCAGUUUGAAUGAGGGAGAGUGUUAAAACCGAAUCAGUUUUCCAUUUAAGCAACCAUGAAGAGUUCUGUACCACAGGUUAUGUUGUGUGUGAUUUGUUUUCAGGCUUUUUUUUUGUGGGAGGGAAAAGAGGGGGAUGAGCAUGUGGGAGGGGAAAAAAACAAGGAAAAUGCAGCAACGUUCUGAGAGAUUUGCCUUUUAUAGAUUCUAUUUUUUGGGCUUUUAAGGUUUACAGAAAGGUCAGUGAAACUGCUAAAAUGUGAAUUUCAACACAUAUUUACAAUUUUUCUCAUCACAGUUCUGCAUGGGAGAUGUCAUAAAUGGGGUUAUAACAGGAUUGUAAAAUUUCAAUAAAUACUUUUAAGAAAUUAU